AUGGUAACUGCUGGCAGGAACAUAGCAGCUCCACUGCUGUUUAUUAACUUCAUCUUGUAUGUUAUUGCGUUAGGCUUUGCUAGUUGGUGUCUUAAUAGGUAUAUCAAUGGCAAAACCUACCAUCCGAGUUUUGGGGGAAAUGGAGCAACAGUUUUCUUCCUCACCUUUGCCAUGUUAGCUUCUGUUCUUGGCAUAGUAUCCAAGUUUGCAGGUGGCACCCACAUCAGGGCCUGGGGGAAUGACGGUCUAGCUGCUGCUGGUUCCCUAGCUUUUGGAUACAAAUCCCUAUCACUACUUAUUUUCAGGUUGGCAUGCAAGCAAAUAAACCUAGGAGGGCACAGACGUUGGAGACUCAGGGUCGUGGAAGCAUUUAUAAUAAUCUUGACACCAUCUUCUGUGAUUUGA